CAGUGUUCCCUCAUCUUUAUCAGUUCAUCACGUUACUUGUGCUUUUUGUACACUUGUGCAACCCUCUUGCGAACCUAACCUGUAACAAUUAGAACCCGUCAACCAACCUACAGAAUGAGUGGAGAAGUGGAUAAGUCUCAGUACAUUUUACCAUUAGAUCAGCCCAUCGUUUCACUCGAAGUUACGUCAGCAUUUAAGGGCUUAUGUGAUCAGGAACAGUUAUAUGCUCAUUAUAUCAGUGAAGCAUCAUGGGCUGGGGGAUUAAUUACAUUCUUACAAACAAGUAUAGAGUCGGGACCAAUUUUUGUAUUGUUACACAAACUAUUCUCAGCUCAAAAUCCUACAGAAUUCAAGGCAGCAGCUAUUGAAGCAGGUUUUACAGAUGAUGAAGUGAAAGCAUUUUUCAUUUAUACUUGUGGAGUAUUGAGCAAUGCUGGGAAUUAUAAAGGAUUUGGAGAUUCUAAAUUUAUCCCAGGGAUCAGUAAAGAUAGAUUAGAAGCACUUUUAGAAAAAAGUUCUGCUUGGACAGACAUUGAACCUUUAUGGUGUAAACUGAAGGAUGUGAUUUAUGAUCUUGAAGCAGGAAAAACAUGUUUGGGCUAUGCACCGCAUGGAUGUACAACCUAUUUAUCAAAAAACUGUACACCAGAAGAUAAUCAACGUGCCCAAGAAUGGAUGAAAUCACAGCAAAUAGAUGCAUAUAAUACACGCUUAUUCAAAACGGUGUUUCCUGAUGGGAAAAUUGAUUAUGAAAUUCGCUUAGCUUCAGAAGAAAAGGGUGAACUGAAAAAAGAAACUUUCGGGAAUAUGACGUUUCGUUUAACCAAAGGAGAUUAUUCACCUUUAAUUGGAAGAGUUGCAAAGAAUUUAGAAGAAGCUGCUAAAUACGCUGCUAAUUCAACUCAAGCCAAAAUGUUGGAAUCAUACGCACAAUCUUUUAUUACUGGUUCACUUGAUGCUCACAAAGAUGGCUCACGUUUUUGGAUCCAAGAUAAAGGGCCUGCAGUGGAAACAUAUAUUGGGUUUAUAGAAACUUACAGAGAUCCUGCUGGACUCAGAGGGGAAUUUGAGGGUUUUGUAGCUAUUGUUAAUAGAGCAAUGUCUACACAAUUUGCCACUUUGGUUGAACACGCAGAAGAUUUUUUGCCAUUGCUUCCAUGGCCUAAAGGAUUUGAAAAAGAUACGUUUUUGAGACCUGACUUUACAUCAUUAGAUGUUUUGACAUUUGCAUCCAGUGGCAUUCCAGCUGGUAUUAACAUUCCAAAUUACGAUGACAUCCGACAGAGCGAGGGCUUCAAAAAUGUUUCACUAGGAAACGUCAUACCAGCGAGCUAUCAGAUGACUGUUACUCCCUUUUUGAACCAGGCUGAUGCCGAAUUGGUACAAAAGUGGCGCGUAGCAUCAUUUAAACUACAGGUGGGUCUACACGAACUACUAGGUCACGGAUCUGGGAAACUUUUGCAACGCGCAGCUGAUGGAGUUGUAAAUUAUCCUCCCUCCUUAUUGGAUCCUUUAACUGGAAAUCCGCCAACCACUUGUUAUGAACCUGGAGACACAUAUGACUCUCGUUUUGGGCCAAUGAGUUCUUCUUAUGAAGAAUGUCGUGCGGAGGCAGUAGGGCUGUAUUUGAGUUUAGAACCAGCUGUUUUGAAGAUUUUUGGACAUGAAGGUCAAGAGGCAGAAGAUGUGCUCUACGUAAAUUGGUUGUCUUUGGUGUGGAAUGGAGUAGGUAGAGCUUUAGAAACAUGGGAUCCAAAGCGUGGAUGGCUACAGGCACACGCUCAGGCUAGGUUCGUUUUAGCUCGAGUUUUAAUACAAGCCGGAGUGGUCACCGUCACUCAACCCGACGAAAACGAUUUGUUGGUAACCAUGGAUCGCACCGCGUUGAGAGGAGCUGGUAGAACGGCGAUCGCUAAUUUUCUUUUAAAACUCCAGGUCUACAAAGCUACAGCUAAUAUUGAGGCUGCUCAGCGGUUGUACCAACAUUAUUCUGAAGUUUCGGAGCCGUGGCUUCGUUGGAGAGCGAUUGUGUUGGCUAAUAAACAACCAAGAAAAAUAUUUACUCAAGCCAAUACGCGUUUGGAAGGUUCGUAUGUUACAUUAAAAACUUACGAAGAAUCGCCAGAAGGAAUGAUCCAGUCGUGGGUCGAACGUUUUCAAGAUCCGCAGCCGCUAUACGAUGCUCUUCUUGAGUUAAGUGCCUCUGAUGAAGGCCAUUUUCAAUAAUUUUUGAUACAUUGUAUUAUGAAUUUAUGUACAAUACAUUUUAUCAUGAUAAAAGAUAACUCUUUUUAGAA